CGACGUCAAUAAAUGCCCGCCCGCAACUCCAGCAUGGAGCUAUCCUCGCCGGACGCGGAGCCCUCCUCCACCGCCGCCCCGCGCAAGUCUGGACGCGUCGUGAAGAAGCCCGAGCUCGUCGCCGCCGCCUCAAGCCCCUCCGGCAGCGUGAAGCGCAAGCGCGACGGAGACGACGAUGAAGACAUGGACGACGCGUCCGACGAGGCGAGCGACGAGGAGAGCGACGGGGAGCCGGACGAGGAAGAGCUCAGGGAGAAGAAGCGCGCGAAAAAGAAGGCCGCCCCGCGCAAGCCAGCGCCCAAGAAGAGCAAGACGAAUGGCGAGGUUAGCUUGGCUAUCCGGCCUGCUGUGACGAAGCAGAAGAAGCCUCGGAAAGCUAGGACGGUGAAAAUGGUGGAUCCUGAGGAGGCCGAGGGUCUCUAUGCUGAGGUAUUCGCGAGCGGAGAUGACCUGAAUGAUGUCGCGGCCCGAUGGAUCACCAGUUUCAAUGAGAACGAGGCCAUAGCAGUCGCCGAAAUUGUCAAUCUCGUCCUGAAAUGCGCUGGAUGUGAUUCCAAGGUCGACAACCACGACAUCGACGACCCUGAUAGCUGCGCGACAAAGUUGACGGAUAUACAAGAGGAAUACCAAGCAAACGAUAUCACGGAAUACCCUCUGGUCGCAAGAGGCAAAAGCUCGGCAGCCUUCAAGGCUAACCUUGCAGCCUUCUUCCGCUCUCUCAUCGAAUCCAUUGCCCAGACCAGCUUGCUGUUCGACAACGUUGUAUUGAUGGAGAAUUUGCAAGUGUGGAUCAGUACACUGUCAUCCGCCAGCAAUCGCCCGUUCAGACAUACUGCAACGGUUUCAUCGCUGGCCAUAAUCACUGCGCUGUGUCAUGUGGGGAAAGAAAUUGUUGAAAGUGAGGCCAAGGCUCGCCGGCAGAGCGAGGCGGAAGCAAAGAAAGCAAGAGUCAACAGGGGAAGAGUUCAAGGGCUAGAAGCGAGGGCCCAUGAGAUGGGCCAGAGAAAGGAAACGGUCGAUGGUUGGCUCAGGGAGAUGUUUGAUGCUGUCUUCAUCCACCGUUAUCGAGACGUGGAUCCCAAAAUACGAGUCGACUGCAUCGAAGCACUGAGCGAAUGGAUCACGACUUAUCCGGAAGCCUUCUUCGACAGCCAUCAUCUUCGCUAUCUUGGCUGGGUGCUUUCGGAUACACAUGCACCAUCGCGGGCUACCGUCAUCAAAAGCCUGCAAAGGCUGUUCAAAGACAAAGACAAGCAGGUUGGGCUGAGAACGUUUACUGAAAGGUUCAGAACACGAAUAGUCGAAAUGGCAACAUCAGAUGCUGAAGCGACCGUUCGCGCGUCUACUGUAGAGCUAUUGGAUACCCUCCUGGAAGCCGAAAUGCUCGAACCGGACGACAUUGAUUCAGUAGGACGCCUAAUCUUUGACUCGGAGCCACGAGUCCGAAAGGCUGUAGUCGGGUUCUUCGUGGAAAAUAUUAAUGUCGUGUACGAGGGUAGGAUUGACGAGAUGGGAGGUCAAGAAACACUUGACGAGACUCUAGUACGACCAGAAGACGACGAUGACUAUGAUAGCCCUAGGCUCGAAUGGUUGAAGCUCAAAUGCUUGGUCUCACAGCUCGAGGCAUAUGACUCUGAAGAAGGCGAACUACCAAAUCAAAUCGAGCACAUCGCGGGAUCUCACUUCGCAUUAAUCGCUGCCGGCAUCGAAUCGCGCUUCUCUCUCGCCGCGCAAUCCCUUUACGACCACAUGCCUGAGAUUCGGCAAUGGGAGAUAUUGGCAGGCUAUCUGCUUUUCGACCACUCUCAACCCACCGAGAACGGAUCCACGACUGAUGCCAGUGCAAUGCUCCAACAAAACUGCAAGCUCACCGAACGCGAAGAAAUCAUCCUCCUGGAGAUCCUCAACGCGGCUGUGAAGAUUAGUCUAGCGAAUGCUAGCGAACCUUCUACCGACGCCCACAAAAAGACAGCCAAAGGACGUUUGACGAAAGCACAACGCGAGGAGCUGAUCGCGAACCAAGAGCAAGCCGUUCGCCACCUAGCGCUCCUCAUCCCUCGCCUGCUAAAGAAGUUCGGCGCAAUUCCCGACGCCGCGUCCAGCGUGCUGAAUCUCGAGCGUGUCCUCAACCUCGACGUUUUCCAAGAACUCCGCCAAGACGCAACUCUCGCCGCACUUCUGGACGAUAUCAACAAGCAGUUUAUGACUCAUGGUAAUGAACGGGUUCUUCUAGAGGCUAGUGAGGCUCUCCGACACGCGCGUGGCUAUGAAGAACUCCGCGAGAUCACCGAUGGUAAGGUGCAGUUGCUAUGGGACGACACGAUGAACGCUUUUGCUACGCUCACCAAGGGCCGGGACCUAUCAACCCGCGGAUCUCUCUCCGAUAACAUCCUCACCGGUGUCACGAACACGGUCCUCCGCAUCGCGAACCUAGCAUCCAUCUCCGACUGCGUACAAAUCUUCGAAUCAGUCCCCACAACACCUAAGCCCAAAUCCAAACCCAAAGCGGCCAAGACCGCCUCCGCGGACACAGACACCACCAUACCACCCAUCACAGCCCUAAUCAGCCUCAUCACGCGCGGCGUUCCGCAGCCAGACACCGAUCUCAUCGCCGAAACCUCCGCCGCCGAAGACGCCCUCGCAAUCCACGCGCUCCGCGCCGUCCUACCCUACUACAUGUGGAAAAUCAGCCACUGGAAAACCGCCAUCCUCUCCUCAACCCCGAUCCCGGACACUGAUGUCGCCGCCGUCGCCGCCCGCUUCGAUGACACCAAAGACGCCCUCAUCCAAGUCAUGAACAGCCGCAAGGGCGCCGACGAGAUCCGCGUCGAGGCCGCCGGCGUCAUCUGCGACCUCUACUGCAUCUUCAUGGUCCUGCGCGACGCGAAGCGCAGCCGCGACGAUCGCAAGAAGACAAAAGUCAAGGGCAAAGCGCAAGAGAACGGGACCGCCGUGGACGCCGACGAGGGGCCGGAAGACUGGGAAGCCCUCAUCAAGCCCAUCGACCCGGACGUCCGCAAGCACCUGCUUAACGUGUUCGCGGCGACGGAACUGGCGUUCGCGAAGCGCGCGGGGAAGAAGCUGGAUGGGAAGGCGAAUGAGAAGGAUAAGGAGCUGCAGAAGGAUGCGGAGACGGAUAUUGAUGCUGACCCCUUGUCCGACGAUGACCCGGUUGAUUCGGAUGACGAGGCGGAGGAGGUGGUGGAGGAUGUGGAGGGGAGCUCGGCGAAUGCUGCGGCGGAGAAGACGCAGCGCGCGCUGUUGGCUGAGAAGCGCCUUUGUGAGAUUGGAGGCAAGAUGGUUAUGGCGGUCCUGGGCGGGCUGUUAGAUGACUCGCGGGGUACGGUCCGCAAGCGGCUAGAGCGGAAUCGGACGAAGCUGGGCGCAAGCUGGAGGGAGGUGUGUGCGUUUUUGGAGAGGGCGAAGAAGGGGAGGGCCGUUGCGGGUGGCGCGAAGCAGGUGGCGAAGGCGAAACUUGCGAGUCCGAAGAAAGCGAGGAGUAAGGCUAUUGUCAUCGAUGAUGACAGUAGUGAGGAUGAGAUUAUGGUGGAUUCGGGUGAUGAGGAUGGGGAGGGAGAGGGUGCGGGGGACGCGGAGGAGGAGGAGGCUGAGAGGGAGGCGGAUGUGGAGAGUGUGAUGGGGGAUUAGAGAAGUUGCGGUCUCUUCUUGUGUCUUUUUGUACGGGUCAGCGGGUGGAUGGUCGGCGGAUCUGUGCUUUCUUCUUCCAUCUAGUCUGAAGUCCGCGAGCCGGCUGUCGUCUUUGUUUCGUAUUCAUGCUUCAUGAGCGGCCGGUAGGGGGCGGGCGCUGUGCAUAGCUGGCGGGUCAAUGGUGUUAUCGUUCGGUGGGGAAUGUAGAUUUCGGGGAGGCGUUGUAGUAGGGUACGCCGGGUGUGCGUAUGCUGCGCAAUGCGAUGCUAACGUCCAAAUCCAAAUUCUUCAGAAC